AUGUCGGAAAUAUUAUUAAAUAAACGUAAACGAAAUGAUGAAUCAAGUCAUUACGAUGAAGAAAAGGAGAAAUGCUCUUUGUGUAAUAGUAUGUUUAGCAAUAUUGGCAAUAGGAAUAAACAUAUGCAAAAAGCCCACGGUGUGGACAAUAGAAGUAGUGUACGUUUGAGGGUAGUUGGAAACAAAACCUAUUAUGUUUGUCACAGAUCAGGAUCUUCUCGAACAACAGGCACAGGAAAGAGAAUGAAAUGGUCACAAAGUCACAAAACUGGUAAGAUUUGUCCUGCUGGAAUGACAACAACUAAUAUUGAUGGGUACAUAUCAGUAGAAUUUAGAAGAACACAUGUUGGCCAUGCAUUAAAUAUGAAAUUUUUACAUCUGUCAAAAGAAGAAAGAGAUGAACUUGCUGGUAAAAUAAAAUCAGGUGUGACUUUUGAACGGAUAUUGGAUGAUAUUCGAAAAUCAGUAACUUCGACAGAAUGUGUCAACCGUUUCCAUGCUGUGGACAAACGAGAUUUAUACAAUAUUAAAAGGGAUUAUGACUUGGACAGAGACAUUGUACACACAAAUGACGCUUUUAGUACAGAAAUAUGGGUACAAGAACAAAUGUUACUCAAAGAAAAGUCACCAGUAACAUAUUUUAAAAUGCAAGGAUGCGAGAAAGAAGGUCCACUAUUGAAAGAUGAUUUUAUGAUUGUUAUAAUGACACCUUAUCAAAUAGAUGUUUUGUCAAAAUAUGCAACUGAUAGAAUUUGCGUUGACAGCACCCAUAGAACUACCAGCCAUGACUUUCAGCUCACAACAUUACUCGUAGUUGAUGAAUUUGGAGCUGGUUGCCCGGUUGCGUUCUGUAUAAGUAAUAGAAUUGAUUCAGUAGCUAUGUCUAGAUUUUUUUUGUCUGUAAAAGAAAAAGUAGGUUUGAUUUCAACUAAAAUUCUUAUGUCAGACGAUACUACAACAUACAUUAAUGCCUGGUCUAAUAUAAUGUCAAACCCGCAACAUCACUUACUUUGCAACUGGCAUGUAGACAGAAGUUGGAGAAAAAAUCUGAUUAAAAUUAAAUCUCUUACUAAGCAGUCAGAAGUGUAUAAAGCUUGUCGUACAUUGAUGGAAAUUAUGGAUAUUGAUCAGUUUGAGAAUUCCUUAGAAUGCUUUCUUGCAAUGUGUGAAGAUGAUGUCGAAACAAAAGAUUUUGGGAUUUACUUUAAAACGUAUUAUUCCCAACGACCCAAAGCAUGGGCAUUUUGUUAUAGACUUCAUCUAUCUUUAAAUACAAACAUAUACCUGGAAGCAAUGCACAAGAAAUUAAAAUAUUGUUAUACGCACGGUAAACAAAAUAGAAGAGUUGACAAGUGCAUUAGUUUACUCAUGCGUUUUGCUAGGGAUAUGAUGUUUGAAAGGACUAUACGAAUGAUGAAAAACAAACCUACUUUUCGAAUGGAACAAAUAGCACACAGUCAUCUCCAAAGUAUUAAUAUUGAAAGCAGUAAAAUCCAAAAAAUUGACAAUAACACAUGGCUCGUACAGUCGAAAACGCCAGAUAAAAAUCCUUAUACUGUUUCAUUCAAUAAUUCGGAAAAUUGCAUGGGAUGUCCUUUGGCAUGUCCUAGUUGUCAUAUUUGUGUCCAUAAAUUUACAUGCACAUGUGUAGAUUAUAAGAUCAAAGGAAACUUUUGUAAACAUGUGCAUGCCUGCAUAAGAGUAUCUGAGAAAAAAGAUAUUGCAAUAAAUAUUGAUGAAGAUAGAGCAACGUCAGCCUUUGAAGAGCACAGCAAUCAUGUUGUCCAAGGAUCUAAAAUAACAUCAAUAGAUCAAAAAGAAUCGGUUUCCAUUUCGACUCGCUUUACAGCUUUAAUUAAUGCAACAUUAGGAAUCGCCAGCACUGCAACAGAUGAAGCAAAAUUAAAAGGUAUUAAAAAGUUAGAUGAAUUAAUGAAGAUCUUACAACAUGGCCAGAUUGAUACUACAAGUUCCUCUGGCCCUCAUUUUUCAAAUUUAACUUACUUGCCCAGCCACAAAAAUAUUGAUCAACAACGUUUCCACUCUACAAAAAAGAAACAAACGUCAAAUAGCAGGCUAACAAAACCAACUGAAAUGCAAAAAAUAUCAAUUAUGAGUACAAUGAAUAGUGAAGGGCAAUCAAACGAAGUUGUACAUACCGACUUUGAUCAUGUUUAUUAUAAUGCCUCUUCGAAACCACAAUAA